GCUCUUUCCCAUCUUGCAAGAUGGUGGGUGAAAAAGCUGAGAAGCCUAAUGCCAAGGAGAAGAAACCUGAAGCCAAGAAGGCUCAUGCUGGUAGCAAGGUUAAGAAGGGUAACCUCAAGGCCAAGACGCCUAAGAAGGGGAAGCCCCACUGUAGCCGAAACCCUGUCCUAGUCAGAGGAAUUGGCAGGUAUUCCCGAUCCGCUAUGUACUCGAGAAAAGCUAUGUACAAGAGGAAGUAUUCAGCAGCUAAAUCCAGGAUUGAAAAGAAAAAGAAGGAGAAGGUUCUUGCUACUGUCACAAAACCAGUUGGUGGUGACAAGAAUGGUGGUACCCGAGUGGUUAAACUUUGCAAAAUGCCUAGAUAUUAUCCUACUGAAGAUGUGCCUCGGAAACUGUUGAGCCAUGGAAAAAAACCCUUCAGUCAGCAUGUGAGAAAACUGCGAGCCAGCAUCACUCUUGGGACCAUUCUGAUCAUCCUUACUGGGCGCCACAGAGGCAAGAGGGUUGUUUUCCUGAAACAGUUGAGCAGUGGCUUGCUACUUGUGACUAGACCUCUGAUCCUCAAUCGAGUUCCUCUGCGUAGAACACAUCAGAAAUUUGUCAUCGCCACCUCCACCAAAAUUGAUAUCAGUGGUGUGAAAAUCCCCAAACACCUCACUGACACCUACUUCAAGAAGAAGAAGCUGCGUAAGCCCAGGCAUCAGGAGGGUGAGAUCUUUGACACCGAGAAAGAGAAAUACAAGCUUACAGAACAGCGCAAGGUUGAUCAGAAAGCUGUGGACUCACAAAUUCUGCCAAAAAUUAAAGCUGUUCCUCAGCUCCAGGGCUACCUCCGCUCUGUGUUUGCUCUCACAAAUGGAGUUUAUCCUCACAAAUUGGUGUUCUAAAUUUCUUACAAAGAACCUGAUUAAAUAACUGAUCCAU